AUGGAAACGGAAGUCAAUAUAAGUAGUAAUGAUGUAAAAAUAAAAGAAGAAGAAGAAAAAAAAAAAAAAGUAAAGAAUGAUAAGAAUGCAAUAAGUAAUGAUGGAUAUAAAAAAAUACCAAAGGAUGUCCAAGAAUAUAUUGUAGGAAUACCAGAAAGUUGGGAAUAUGUAGAAAAGAGCAAAGGAUGGUUUAUUAUAGAAACUAGUAAAAAUUAUAAAUUUUAUUUUAAUAAAAGAACUCAAGAAAAAACGUGGAAAUGCCCUAAAGAGAUAUCAGAAUUAAUAAACGAAGAAAAUAUAAAUAAUGAUGUGGAAAAUAGUAAUAAUUAUGAACAAGAAGAAAAUAGUGGGUAUAUAAAUGAAAUGCCAGAAGGUAACGUAAAUAAAAGUAAAGAAGAUGAAAAAAUGGAAAAAAUAAUAAAAGAAUAUAAAUCCUUAUUAAUUGAAAAACAAAUAAAUGAAUUUAGUAAAUAUGAAAAUGUUUUAGGAAAUAUAUUAUAUGACAAUAGAUUUUUAAAAGUACCUAAAGAUUUGAGAAAAGAUUAUUUUUAUAAAUUAAUAAAAGAAAUAAAAGAAGACAAAAAUAAUGAACUCAAAAUAUUAAUUGAAAGCUUUCAAAAGUUGUUAAAAAAAUUCGAAAAUAAAUUAGAAAGUAUAUAUAAUCAUAAAGAUGAUAUAAUAAAUUUGUUGAAGGGGAAAAAAGAAUAUGAAGGAAAUCAUACUAAGAAAUGGAAAAAUAUAAGAAGUAAAUUAUUAGAUAAUUAUUUAGACAAAUUAAUAAAAGAAAAAGAAGCAAAAUUAGAACAAGAACUUGAACAAGAUUUAUGGGAUUUUUUGAAAACCGAAAGUACAGGUGUAUGGUUUAAAAUUAAAAAUACUUUAAUGAAAAAUAAAAAAUAUGAAUUAAUUUCUUAUGAAAAAAAAAAUAAAUUUUUUGAUGUAAUUAGUAAAAAAAUAUUAGAAUCUCGAAAACAUAAUAAAAGCCAAAUAAAUAAAAAACAUAAUAGUAGCCAAUUUGAAAGACAUGAUAAAAAUGAAAAAAAUUUGUUCACUGUUUUUUUACAUGAACGAUUAAAAUAUCCAGAUAUUGAAAAAAGUUUAGAAUAUUUUUCUAAAUAUAAAAAUUUGGAAAAUAAAAAAUUUGAUGAACUUGGAUUAAUUCCAGAUGAUAUAUUAAAUAACAAAAAUUAUAAACAAAUAUUUUUACCCGAUAAAGAUAAAUAUAUGAUAUAUAAAGAUUUUAUAAAUAAUUAUAUAAAUUUAAAAAGAGAGCAUUUUAAUAAAUUAAUUUCAGAACUUUCGAUAAAUUUAAUAAAUAAAUCUUUAGAACAGAUAAUACAAAUUGUAGAUGAAAAUAAUAAAAUUUUUAAAGCUAUAAAAUCAAAACAUUUAGAACAAAUUUAUGUAAAUUGGAAAGAAAAAAAUAUAUAUGAAGCAAAAAAAAUAUUCAAAAACUUUAUCAUAAAAUCAAAUUAUAUUAAACAUGAUUCUGAUCAGUCUGAUAAAUAUACUAAGUUGCUUAUAAACCUUUCAGAGGAUGUUAGCUAUCGUCGAUUGGAUUGCGUAGCCGAUGAAAGGGAUCAAAUUAUAAAAGAUAGAAUAAAAGAAAUGAAAAAAGAACAUGAAAAAAAUAAAAAUAUAGCUGAGAAAUUAAGUUUCUAA